UCCCAGGCUGCGGGGCCGGGGCGCGGGCAUGGCGGCCUGCGUGGGCAGCCGGACGCUGAGCAAGGACGACGUGAACUACCGCGCGCAUUUCCGCAUGAUCAACGAGCAGCAGGUGGAGGACAUCACCAUCGACUUCUUCUACCGGCCGCACACCAUCACGCUGCUCAGCUUCACCACCGUCAGCCUCAUGUACUUCGCCUUCACCAGGGAUGACUCGGUCCCGGAGGACAACAUCUGGAGGGGCAUCCUGUCGGUGGGCUUCUUCUUCCUCAUCAUCAGCGUCUUGGCGUUCCCCAACGGUCCCUUCACGAGGCCGCAUCCAGCCCUGUGGCGCAUGGUGUUUGGCCUCAGCGUGCUCUACUUCCUGUUCCUCGUCUUCCUCCUCUUCCUCAACUUCGAGCAGGUCAAGUCGCUCAUGUACUGGCUGGACCCCAACCUCCGCUAUGCCACCCGGGAGGCGGAUGUCAUGGAGUACGCGGUGAACUGCCACGUGAUCACCUGGGAGCGCCUGGUCAGCCACUUGGACAUCUUCGCCUUUGGGCACUUCUGGGGCUGGGCCAUGAAGGCGCUUCUCAUCCGCAGCUACGGGCUCUGCUGGACCAUCAGCAUCACCUGGGAGCUCACGGAGCUCUUCUUCAUGCACCUCCUGCCCAACUUCGCCGAGUGCUGGUGGGACCAGGUCAUCCUGGACAUUCUCCUGUGCAACGGCGGCGGCAUCUGGCUGGGCAUGGUGGUUUGCCGCUUCCUGGAGAUGAGGACCUACCACUGGGCCAGCUUCAAGGACAUCCACAGCACCACGGGCAAGAUCAAGAGGGCCGUGCUGCAGUUCACGCCGGCCAGCUGGACCUACGUGCGCUGGUUUGACCCCAAGUCGUCCUUCCAGAGGGUGGCGGGCAUCUACCUGUUCAUGAUCAUCUGGCAGCUGACCGAGCUGAACACCUUCUUCUUGAAGCACAUCUUCGUGUUCCAGGCCAGCCACCCACUCAGCUGGUGUCGGAUCCUCUUCAUCGGCGGCAUCACGGCGCCCACCGUGAGGCAGUACUAUGCUUACCUCACCGACACGCAGUGCAAGCGUGUGGGGACCCAGUGCUGGGUGUUCGGGGUCAUCGGCUUCCUGGAGGCCAUCGUGUGCAUUAAGUUCGGUCAAGACCUCUUCUCCAAGACCCAGAUCCUCUACGUGGUGCUGUGGCUGCUGUGUGUGGCCUUCACCACCUUCCUGUGUCUGUACGGCAUGGUGUGGUACGCGGAGCACUACGGCCACCGGGAGAAGACCUACUCCGAGUGCGAGGACGCCUCCUACAGCCCCGAGAUCUCCUGGUCACACCGGAAAGGGGCGAAAGGUUCCGAGGACAGCCCCCCCAAGCACUCUGGCAACAGCGAGGGCCACUCCUCCCGGCGCCGGAACCGCCACUCCAAGGCCAAAGUCACCAACGGCGGCGUGGGCAAGAAGUGAUGGGGCGCGGGGACCCCGGGGUCACUGUCGGGGUCACUGUCGCAUCGCGG